AUUAUUUAAUAAUAAAUAAUAAAUGGAAAAAGAAAAUAGAAAAUCUUAUAAUUUAAUAAGAACAAAAAAGGUCUUAGGUUUGAUCCUUGUGGCACCCCUGACACUGCGUAAUAGCUAGAAGAGUUAAAUUCGUUGUAAAUUAAAUAUUUCUUUUAAAUUAGUACUAUUGAAAUAAGAAUUUGAGAUUGUUUAAAAAAACAUAUAAAUUUAGCUUCUUUAUUAAGAUACAAUGAUCAAGUUUAUCAAUUAAUACUUAAUAAUAAUAAUAAUAAUUUAGCUGCACAUUUUGACAAACAAAUACAUUAGUCAACAAACUCAAGAAUACCCUACAUACUCUUUUACAGAGUAGAAACAAUUGUUUACCAAAAUUUUUUUAAAGAGGUCUUAAAUCUUUUACUUAAUACUUUAUUUUUAGUAUCUAUUGCAGACUUUAGAACUCAUUUGACUUGAAAGGUACUCCAUAAAGACGAUAUUCGGCUAGAAAAAACGAACAGUUAUUUAUAAUGUUCGUUAUAACCGAGUUCCACUGUACUUAGUUACUCUCCGGGAGCUCAUUACAAAUUAUCCAGAAAAAAUAGACGAAUUGGAUUGAAAAUAGUGUUUGAAAGUUUAAAUAAGUUUUAAAUUUAAAUUUAGUGUUUCGUGAUUUUAAUUUAAUUUAAGUUAAGGAAUUGUAAAUACUUCAUAGCUAACGCUGAUAUUUGUUUAAUUAGUAUUUAAGAUAACACUAAAAAUAUACUUUCAACCGACUCGUUCUGUAUAAAUCAAUUUUUCCUUUUUCGUUACUUGUAUUCGGAAGUAAAAUUACCGUUGGGGGCGCCACUGAACUAGGUCGAAAACAGUAACCAUAAAUGGCGGGAAAAUGUUUAUUUGGAUAGUUUAAUAAGCGUUGUACGAAGUUUGAGGCUUCACAAUUAUUGCAUUGCCUAUGCGGAAUGACUAUUGUAUCUUUGGAGCAAGAAAGCAAGAAACGAAUGUUGACAAAUUAGAGAUGACGGGGAAAAACACGAAUAACGAAUAACUGUUUAGUUCACUUUCUUUAUUGGAAAAUUAUUACAAAGACAUUAAAAAGCCUACUUUUUGGUGUAAUUUACGUUUAAAUGUAUCAGCAGUUGUUAAUCGUAAAUGUAGUUUUGUAGAUUUACCGAAGUAUUUCAUGAUUUUUUCAGUGGAAAAAUUCUAACCUACAAUUCACACACUUUACUAAUUUAUUGGUUUCUUGAGCUCAACUUUGUGUUCGCUGUGAUCCAUUACUUACAGUCUGUAAUUAGACAACUGUUUAAUAACACUUUGUAAUCAAUAUUUAAAUCUUUUCCACUUUUAAUCCACUUUCAUGUUCCAAUAAUAAACACUUUAUACCACGAAAAACCGCAGAACCAAAGUCAGAGCUAGUAGUUACCCCACGUACUUUUAAAGUGAUUCUCUCUAAUGUAAGUAAUUAACACAAUACACGCAAAAUUGUUAAACAAUUCAUUAAAUGUCAAUUAAAUGUGGAAUUACGAAAAUUUCGUUACUGUUUUUGACAUAGUUCAAAAGUCAUCACCAGAGGGCGUCUAGUUAAUUUUAUUUCCGAAUUACAUGAAGAGUGUUCCUCAUAGACUAAAUUGCCAACUUGAUAUUUUGUAAAUACCAGCAUAAUCACGUUUAACAUUGAUAUAAUUGGAUAUAAUAUUAAUAAUCAUUGUAAAUUUUUUUAUAGGCAUUUUUCAUGAGAUCAAGCGUAAUGUUCACCUCAUUCUCCAUCCGGAGAUAAAGUGUUGCUAAGUAUCUUUUAAAUUUGAAGUAGGAAUUUUUGAAGGAAAAGUGUAGCCACACACAAGUUAUAAUGUGUCAGUCGUACCAACAUAUACGGAUGUUUUUAUGAUCUAAAGUUCCCAUUAUUUCGUAAUAGAACUAAUAAAAGUUUUUUUAGAAAAUACUUUUCCAUAGUGCAUUUUUGCCUCUUUCGUUUUUAUGAACAGUUCUUUGUCUACAGUACGGUGUAACUUAUUAAUUAAAACAAUUUGUUUUGAUUCUGGAACUUACAGUUUUUAUUUGUAUGUGGUUUACAGACAUGUGUCUAACUUUAAGUAGAAGUAAAGUAAAAUUUUAUAUUUUGGACAGCUUUGCGUCUUCGAAUUUUUUUUCAAAAUGCGCUCUUCCUCGCGUAAUCGCAGUUACGCUUAUUUACGUCGCCUUGUUUGUAGCAAUGAUUUCCUUCGGUUUUAUGCUAAUGCUGCAUAAACAGUCUUAAUUAAAAUGUUAAAUCAAAAAUUAAAAUGGUGAUGUUUGACGAACAUCGCACUUCUGUACUAUUUUUCGUGAUUCUCUUCGAACAAAUCCUCGGUUCGGGCCUUGGCAAGUGCCCCAAACUCGCAUACAUGAACAACUUCAACGUGACCAGGUUUACGGGCCGUUGGUACGAAAUUGAGCGCUCUUUCUACCUCAUGCAAGUGGUUUCGAGCUGUGUAAGUGUGGACCUGACGCAGAAUUCAAAAGGCCAGCUCCAGGUUGACGUCCAGAUGAAGAGUAGAUGGUCUGACAGCUUAACGGUGAGUGAAGGGCUGGCGUCGCCCUCCAAACGCGACCCUAGCGUUUUAGUUUACAAAGUUGUGACGAAGUUACCGAGAGUUGUGGGCCGGUAUUUGCCAGGAGCUGGGGCUUACCAAGUGAUUGAGACAGAUUAUGAUAAUUACGCCGUUUUGUGGUCGUGCACCAGCUAUGGGUUGGCUCACACCGACUUGAUUUUUGUAUGGGGGCGCCGGACUGAGAUCGACGCCAAGACACGCGCGCAUGUUUACACAGUUUUGGACGACUUGCGUCUAGACUCGGAAAGACUUAUUUUGCCGAAAAAUGGCAAUUGUAGCGGCAAUGAGAAAUAAACAGUUUGGUUGAA